AAAACGCCCCUCCGCGCCAUUCGGUGCCCCUCGCCCCCCGCGGGAGGCGGAGCCGCGGGGUGCCCGGACCCGGGGAAGCGCCGGAAGAGGAAGCCCAGAACUUGGCCUUGGGAAGUAGCGGGGGGCGCGUGGGGCGGACAGGUGCGCCGCACCGGGCGGCGAUGCGGGGGCGCCGGGGAGCCCCGGGCUAGCGAGGCUAGUGAGCCACCAUGGGGCUGCUCGGGCCCCUGCACCUGGCUCUUUUGGGGCUGGGCUUGGGGCUGGCUGGUGCAGCCGAGACCCCGGUGAACUCCAGCGUAGAUCUUCUUGAAUUUUCUUUGGGGAAAUUUAGAUACUUCAAGCUCAAGCAGCUCUUUCCAGAAGAAGCUGUAUUGCGUCAUAUUGCAAGCAACGUCACAUUUAUAAUCUUCCAAGUGCAUUCUCAGUACAAGAACAUAACAGUGUCUUUCUCCAAGAGUUUUCCUCCAGAUGCUUCAGGAACGGGUGUGGACAAAGGCCUAGUUUCUGUUCUUAGACCAGAACAGAGAGUUUGCACUUGGUACUUAGAGACUUCAGAUGCUGAUAAUGUCUGGAGUGUGGCUGUUCCACUUUCUUAUUCAGAAAAAGAUCCUAUCCCUGGAGGCUGUAAUCUGGAGUUUGAUUUAGAUGUGGAUCCUAACAUUUACUUGGAGUAUAAUUUAUAUGAAACAGUUAUCAAAUUUGCCCCAGCAAAUCUGGGACAUGCCAGAGGCACAGAUUCUCCACCCUGUGAUCUGGGGACUGGCCAGGACUCCAGGUGGAGGCUGCAGUAUGAUGUCUAUCAGUAUUUUUUGCCUGAGAACAACCUCACUGAAGACGUGUUACUAAGACACAUGCAGAAGAUGUCUAUGGUGUCUCAGGUAGAAGCCAGUGGUUUCAAAGUUGCUACCCUGAAAUCUAGUGAAAAGACCAUUGUUUACUUCUCAUCUAUCCCAGGACAGGGUGUAAUUUAUAAUAUCAUUGUACGAGACCCAGUUUUAAAUACAUCAGCUGCUUACGUUCCUGCUCACACAUACGCCUGUCACUUCAAUACGACCCUAGAUAAUUGUUCUUCUCUUGGAAGGCUUUCAACCAAAGUGUUUUUCACCAUUUUUGCAAUUCUUGGUCUCUUCAUUUGUCUCUUUGGACACAGAUUCUGGAAAACAGAACUGUUCUUCAUAGGCUUUAUCUUCGUGGGAUUCUUUUUUUAUAUAUUGAUUACAAGAUUAACUUUUCUUCAGUAUGAUGAUCGCCUGAUUUUGACUGCAGUUGCUGGAGGCAUUGGUGGAAUUCUCUUGGUGAUGGUUUGGUGGAGAUUUGGGUUGGUCCUGAUUUGCAUGCUCUGCGUUGGACUAGUACUGGGAUUCCUCAUCUCAUCGGUGGCUUUCUUUACUCCACUAGGAGACUUGAAGAUUUUUCAUGAUGAUGCUGUAUUCUGGGUGGCUUUUUCUUGUAUGGCCAUUUCGAUUCCGGUAGUUUUCAUAGGUUGCUUAAGAAUCCUGAACAUACUGGCUUGUGGGAUUACCGGCUCCUACUGCGUGGUCUUAGCCAUUAACAGCUAUCUUUAUACCAGCCUUUCAUACAUCACUUUGAAUGUACUUAAGAGAGCAGUUGACACCAAUUUCAACAAAGCUUACACCAGCAUGCCUUUUCAAACUAAUGACUUUGUUAUCCUGGCUAUCUGGGGAAUGUUGGCAGUGAGUGGAAUCACAUUCCAGAUCCGGAGAGAGAGGGGACAACCAUUUUUCCCUCCCCACCCGUAUAAAAUGUGGAAGCGAGAAAGGGAGCGCAGAGUCACCAACAUUCUGGAUCCCAGCUACCAUGUUCGUCCACUAAGAGAGAGACUCUAUAGCAAGUUAACGCAGUUAAAGCAGCUAUUUCAAGGGGAGGAGGCAUCUGGAGAAAGAACGCCUCUGCUGCUGUGAUGGAGGAGAUGCCCUGUCUUUGCUUUCCUUUUAUCCAAACGACCAAAUCAGCAUGAACGUUUGAAGCAGUGCUUGUCGACCAUGGUGCUAUGCCUUGAUUGCUUACGAAAUCCAGAGUGUCUGGAGGUCAGACAGCAUGUGCUGUCUGGGAUAACGUGCUAGGCUGUGUUAGUUUUCAUGUGCUUGUUAAGGUUUGAUGGGCCUUCAGGACAUUCUCAUGAUAAAGCAGUGUUCAGAGGCAGUUAAGAUUUUGUCUAGACAUUGUUGAGGUGUCUGUGGAGGCAGGAGUGGUGUGGAAUGAGUGAGAUAGCAAGAAAUGUCUGUUGAUGGUAAGGAAGCAUUUUCCCAUUUUAAAUUAUCUGAUAAGAGAGCUUUUGAGUUUAAUGUUCAACUUAAUCCAUUAAAUAAAGAUAAUAAGGAAGGAAAAGUACAUGGGCUGGUGGGGAUAUGGAGUGGAGAAAUGUGUGCUAGGGCCCAUUGUCAUUUCAUUCUUGAAAUUCUUUAAUAUUUUUCCCAACCCUUUAAAAUGUUUCUCUUUUAAUUUGUCUAAUUAUGGUGGUGGUUUAUGCAAAUCUUAGACUUAAUCUUUAUUUGUGGUCGCUGGAGGUCUAGGGACUGGACAGUAUACCCACUGUCAGUAUACCUAAAGUAUACUGAAUGUACUUUGAAUUUUAGAGUAUAGAGGGAUGAGGAGUGACUCAUUUAAUUAUCAGAAGCUGACUAGUAAUGAGGAGUAAUCUUCACUAUUCUCAUUAGACCUCUGUAUACUUUCUCAUUAAACUAUUUUAUGGAAAAGGCAACCUUUAUUUUUUGGCUUAAAUUAGAACAAUCAUAUCUGAUGUUUCAACUGACUGAAAAGAGGUAAAAAAUCAUAGAUAAUGAAGCUUGGUGACUUAGUUUUCAAAAUCCAAAUAAAUGGCCAAUCUUGCCUUUUUAUGGGCAUUUCCAACCUAACACUAAAAACUUCUAACAAACGUUGUUUCAAAGUAUGUGGGUGGUGUUUUUCUUUUAGAAAAGUAUUUACACUCAUUAGCUUUCAUGCCCUUUUUUUUACAAAAUCGAAGUCAAGUGUUUUUUAUCUUGUAACUCCUAUUAGCUGGUGUUGGCAAGAAUAUAAAAAAACCUGCCUGACAGUCUCUUCCUCAAGGCUCUUGUUACUUGGGUGGUUGAAAGUGAAUUUAGUAGACGGUAGGAUAAAAUUCGAGGAUAUCCUAAAGAGGUGGCUGAUUUUUAAUGCAGGUGAUUAGCAUUGGGACACAACCAACUUUGUUUUAUUCCUUUGUAGUCUGAGAACCAUUUUUCCCCCACCAGAAGAGGGUGCUGUGCCCUCCAACUCUAACUCCAGCAGGCCUCUUGUCCCAGUUCUGCUGUAAUAAUGGACCGGAGACUGGCUCACCAGAAUGAAUUUCAAGUUAGUUGAAAUUUCUUGACAAGAUUAUGUAUGGGUUAACCACUAAUGCUUGAAGCAGUGUAGCUUUCAGCAGUUUUCUUGGUAUCAUCCUUGUGAUAGUUGGAAUUUAUUAUUGGAUAGUUUUUGUUUAAUUUUUGCCUUUAAAAAGUCUUGGGAAAUUAAAAAAAAAAACAUGUUUUUUUGUACUGAUUACCUCUACUGAUCGUCACCGCAUUCCCAUGGCCUGGGGCCUAUGCCUACUGGAUGCAUUUCCACUUCUUAUAUUUAUUUGUAAAGUCAAGGUUUGUUGUUAGCUAAGAAUUGUAAGGGUAGGGCACUCAAGGAAGAAAACACAUUUUGUUUAACUUUGAAAUUGGCAUAUUAUUUUGUGGGUAAUCAAAAGCAGAAAUUUGUGUAUCUUUUUAUAAUAAACAUGUUUCUGAAAACUUUU